CUCAGCCACUGCCCCCUCGACACCAGCCGAUACAUCUGAUCGACAAGCACGAGGAUCCCCAAACGCAGCGUCUAGCUCUUCCCAACCAGCCACUAAAUACCAGUUUGCUGCGAUCGGAUCCAGUGCCUCUAGCUUCUCGUACUGCGGUCGUUGCCGAAGGUAGCAUCAUGAUACCCCCGGCUUUUUUUUAAAAGACUUCCCACUCCGCCUUCGUAACGCCGGAAUCUCCGAAGGAAUGGUCUACAACGCAGCUCCUCUGAACGAAUUCAGUCCUGACUCUUAUCCAAGGGGCCCGAUUCCUUUCCCAAGAAUCGAAGGUUUGCCCGAUCCUCUAUGCCCAACGUAUGCUCAGAACGAACACACCGAGACUACACCAACGACUAUGGGCACAACCAGGUACAAAGCCCUCGUCUUGACAGCAUGACAAAUGACGAGGGACUCACAGCUGUGAGAAAUAUCGUCUUGCAUGUCGCUGCAAACAUGUAUUCAAAGCGAGGCAAAGGCGACGCUCAUGAUCCAGGACCGCAAUCUCCGCCGAAUGUCUAUGGAUCGAAGACAGAAUCAUAUGUCAUUAGAAGGUCCCCCGAGUCUGUCACCAAGUCUGCAAAGCGCAAGAAACAACACAGAAAUACACCAGUGGUAAGAAGACGUGGAAAACUUCUGAAAACCGACUCGAAAGCAAUGGCAUCGAUACCAGAAGAGACAACCAACAUCCAAUUACUUCCUAGACAUGAUGCACCAACCGACACGGAAGCAACAGCACCUGAUGGAAAGAUAUACGUUUGUCCUCAGCCAGAAUGCGAACAACACUUUCACAAGGAUACUACAAGGGCACUCGUCGUCGAAUAUUUGAUGUAUGAUCAUCACACCGAAUUUUCGGCUCUCAAGGGUGAAACCCGCUGUUCAUUUGGAUUGUGCCUUUUAACAGGGACACACCAAGCCCAUGUCCGAUUAAUAAGAGAUGAGAUCGGUGCUCUCAUGCACAGGAUCGCGUGAAAUACGAGAUGAACGGCGAAGGGCGACAUCUGCUGCCUUUCUCUUGACCGUCUUCUUGGUGGCAAUCUUCGUCGCGAGCUUUCUGAUCGUUGUGGUGGCUGUGCCCUUACGCUUGGCCGUCUGUCUGCGGUUUAAUUCCUUACGUGCCAAAGUCUUUGAGCGAUGUUGCGAACGUGUCCGGGAUUGUUGAAUGUUGGUGAAAAGCUGGAAGGUCAAAACUCUGUGGAAUUUGGCCACGUGGGUAUGAUUC